AUGGACGUCAUCAGCAUCCAGCAGUUGGUACGUGGAGACAGAGUUGGAAGGAAAGUGUCAGGAUGUGGACAUGGAGUUCCUGAUCCCGGAGGCGGGCCUGGGGCCUGGAGGCUGGGAGCUGAAGAGGCUGUGGCCCGGGAGCGGUGGAAACUGGGAGAAGAGAAGAAGAAACUUGAGAGAUUUAACAGCUCCAGACGGAAUCUGGAACUGGCUGACUUGAAAAACUUGGUUCAAAGAUGGGGAGAGAGGCGACUGAAUGCAGUCCCCCCUAGGGCACGUGAGCCCGUGGUUAAGCCGCAGCCCCAGGCCCAGCCGGAGUCUGUGGAGGACCUGGAGAUGCUCCUGAAGGCAGCUGCCGAGAGCCGGGAGGCCCUGACUGGCAAGUACCUGGUAGAUGGAGGGGACCCCAGUGCCCAUGACAAGCUGCACCACGCCGCCUUGCACUGGGCCUGUCCGAAGGGUCAUGGCCAGCUCGCGACCAAGCUGAUGGAGGCAAGUGCUGUGGACACUCGCGACUUGCUGGACAGGACGCCGGUGUUCUGGGCCUGCUGUGGAGGACACCUGGACAUCCUCAAACAGCUGCUUAGCCAGGGAGUCCAGGUCAACGCCCGGGACAGGAUCUGGAGCACCCCCCUGCACGUAGCCGUGCACACGAGACACUGUGACUGCCUGGAGCAUCGUCGCAUGUGGACCCACACUGAUGCCCAGGACAAGGCAGGUGCUUGCUGUUUGGUUUGGGUCUGCUCCACCAGGGGAUGGGGACUCAGGGAGCCUGAGUUCGGGGACUGCUCAUGCCCACUGGACACUGCGGGGGGGGGGUGUCAGGAGGAUGAGCCCCCUUUCCCCAAAGGAAGGGGACAUGGCUGUGCAGCCCCCUGGUCUGAGGAGGGUGGGGGGCUCCUUCGCAGGAGAAAAGGACUGAUCCUGGGCCCUUGUUCCCAGGCUUCGGUGACCUCGGGGCAGCUGGCGCGAGAUGGGCAGCGGGGCAUCCGGGAAGCACUGCAGGCCCCCCGCGGGGCACCCUCGCACCCGGUCCUGCCGCCCACAGCCCCGCACGGUCACUUCUCAGCCACCAUUCCACCCUUCACAGUCGUCCGCACCCCUCUGUGGUCUUCGUCCCUCUGGCCAGCCCCGCCCAGCAGGUGACAGAGCCGGCUUCCCUGGCUCCAAGGGUUGGCAAGGACUUGCUCCCUGCUGCGCUGUCGCCAGGAAGGGCGGACACGGGGAACCCCGGGGAAGCCGGACACAAAGCGGGUCCUCAGUGGCCCAGGUUGGAGCAACACUGAAGAGUCCUAAGCCUCGAGCUGCCCAGGGCUGGGCGCUCGAUGUCCCCCCAUCCUCCGCCUGGGCCCCUCCCUCCACAAGGGCCAGUGUCCCGCCCAGCCACCAUCCAGGCCACACCGCUGUGGGGCACCACGCAGCUGGCCAAGGCCCUUGGGGCAGGGCUUUCUCUGGGGACUCCACUGCCCCCAGCUCCAGCCAGCUCAGGCCUUCUGGCUCCUGGAGCUGGGUGUGGCAGGCUGGAGGGGGUGCCUGACGGGGUCAAGACCCCACUGCCGCACCCGCCCAGUACCAGCCUGGUUGCCUCAGAAGCCCCGACACACAAGCCAGAGCUCACGUUUAUUUUCAGGAAACCUCGUGCCCACAUCUGCAGGCCUUGGUCCACCUGCCUGCUGCUCUCUAGCUGGCCAGCUGAUGGCGCCCCGUGCCGGGGUGACAUGCCUGGGAGCUGGGGAUUGCUCGUGGCCCACCCAACUUUCGGGGUGGCAGCCCGCAACCCUCCUUUGCCCCAGGCAACGUCACUCUAGCACUAGAGCCUGAGCCCUGGCCUGGGCCGCGUGGCCGCACCUGCUCGGCCCUGAAGGGGAAGCAGAGAGUGAGCAGCACCCCUCCUGCUCCCCCAUCUCUGCGUGGGGGCAGGGUCAGGACCCAGCUGCACACAAGUUCUCACACUUCCUUCCCCUCCCUGCCUUUUCUCUUUCACGCCGCGCUGGUGGAGACCCAUGCUGCUGGCGGGGCUGGGCCCUGAACUGGCACAAAGUGAGUUUUAAGGAACUCUGCCCUAAAUGGAGAACCACAGGCGGAGGGACCGGCUGAUGAAGAGUCAGGCUCCCUUAUGUACGUAAAGUACCUGGAUGGACAUCCCUUUUGCAGUUCUCUCUAGUCUAACGCGGCGGCCUUCUUGGGCCAAGCACAAGGCUAUUCUCACUAUGUGAAAAAGUGACUACAGCCCUCACGCACCUUCUCUUGCCACAGGCAGCUCCAGCCCUGCAGGGAACUGUGGUGACAGUUCAACCAGGUGCUGGAGCCAAUAGGAGAAGCAGGUGUUCAAGUUCAUGGAGAAGACGACUCUCCCCAUCUAGAAGAUGGGGACCCUUUUAUACACUUCGUUUUUUGUUCAUUAAAACUGUUGACUAUCCAUCACAGCCUAGUUGUUCUGGGCUGGAGGGUGGGGGCAGCUCAUUAGGCCCAGGACCUGGUCUUCCUCAGCAGCAAAAGCUCAACCUGUUAACUGUAUGGGCCUGACAGCAAGACAGGCCCCCAAGUGCAGAGUGGGGCAUCCAGGCACUUGGCUCUUGUGCUCAAGGCAUCUCUCCGCUCGUUGAUGGCCAAGUUCAAAGAGCAGUGGUUCUCAGCCUUGGCUGCUUAUCACAAUCACAAGGAAGGUUUUAAAAGACCUGAUGUGCAAGCUAAUUAAAUCAGCGUCUCUGGGGGUGGGACCCAGGUAUCCCCAUCAUCAUGCAGACGACAUACCUAUGUAGGAAAUCCUUAGGAAUCUACAAAAAACACCUAGAAUAAGGGAGUUCAGCAAGAUCUCAGAAUAUAAGAUAAACCUACAAAGACGUUAUUUCUACGUAUUAGCAAUGACUACAUGAACACAAAAAUUAAAAGCACAGUACCACUUAAAGUUGCCUUUAAAAACAAAAUACUUAGAUGUAAAUCUAACACUUAAGAACUUGUAUGUUGAAAACUACAACACACUGAUGAAUGAAAUCAAAGACGACAAAUGAGAGACAUACCUUGUUCGUGGACUGGAAGAUGAGAUCUAGUAAAGAUGUCAGUUCUCCCCAAAUUGAUACACAGCUUUAAUGCAGCUCCUACCAAAUAUCCCAGCAAGAUUUUUUUUGUAGAUAUAGUUAAUAAGAUGAUUUAAAAACUCAGCUAAGGGACGCCGGAGUAGCUCAGUUGGUUAAGCAUCCAACUCUUGAUUUUGGCUCAGGUCAUGAUCUCAGGGUCUUGGGAUCAAACCCCACAUCGGGCUCCCUGCUCAGUGGGGAGUCUGCUUCUCCCUCUCCCUUUGUCCCCCCCACCCCCCCCGUGCUCUCUCACUCUUAUCUCAAAUAAAUACAUAUUUUUUAAAGAUUAUAUUUAUUUGACAGAGACAUAGCGAGAGAAGGAACACAAGCGGGGGAGUGGGAGAGGGAGAAGCAGGCUUCCCACAGAGCAGUGAGCCCGACGUGGGGCUCGAUCCCAGGACCCUGGGAUCAUGACCUGAGCCGAAGGCAGAUGCUUAACGACUGAGCCACCCAGGGGCCCCUCAAAUAAAUAAAAAAAUAAAAAAAUAGAAACAUAGCUAAAACAAUUUUGAAAAAUAAAGUGGGACGAGCCAGUCUACCCAAUUUUAAGACUUACUAUAAAGCUAUAGUAACUGGGGCACCUGGGUGGCUCAGUAGGUUAAGCGUCUGCCUUCGGUUCAGGUCAUGAUCCCAGAGUCUGGGGAUCAAGCCCCACACUGGGGUCCCAGCUCAGCAGGGAGUCUGCUUCUCCCUCUCCCUCUGCUCCUUCCCCUGCUCACUCUCACUCUCAAAUAAAAUCUUAAAAAAAAAAAAAAUUCAAUAGAGGAAAAAGCAUUUCGACAAA